GACCUCCAAAACGCUGACACCAUUUGUAGCGAUCUAUUUUAUUUUAUACCAUUUGUUUGUGACAUUGAUUGUGUUAUCAUUGUUUGUCGCUGUCAUCUUGGAUAACUUGGAACUUGAUGAGGAUAUAAAAAAAUUGAAACAGCUCAAGUUUAGAGAACAGUCAGCCGAAAUUAAAGAGACAUUGCCAUUUCGCUUGCGCAUAUUUGAAAAAUUUCCCGAUUCACCACAAAUGACAAUUUUGCACAAAAUUCCAAAUGAUUUUUCCCUACCGAAAGUUCGUGAAUCAUUCAUGAAAAAUUUUGUGGUCAUGGAGUCGGAUGUUGAUGAUCCAUCGAUGGACAUUGGCAUGGAUAUUCACCAAAUAUCGGAAUGCUGGGAAACAAAUGUCGUGUUUAGGAAACAAAAACCUGUUCGGACAAUGAAUAAAACUCCAAAAGUGCGCACUGUCGGAACAAGUUUGCGUAGAUUGGCAAUCACUCAUAUUAUAAACGAUUCGAACAACCAAAGAUUGAUGUUAGGGGACUCGGCGAUGUUACCGAUUGUAGGAGGCGUAAAAACAGGUGGGGCUGGUAAAGGAAACACGAAUAAUGCUGGUGGUGGUCUUAAACAUCAGGGAACCUUGACACACGCAAAACAAUGGCGUGUAGAUCAAAAAAAAUUCGGAUCGCGCUCGAUUAGACGUAGUGUCCGCAGUGGUUCAAUUAAAUUGAAACAAACAUACGAACAUUUGAUGGAAAAUGGAGACAUCGGUGCGGCAACUCGGGUUACAUCGUCACGCGCCCGUCCACAAGAUUUGGAUAUUAAAUUACUUCAAGCGAAACGCCAACAAGCCGAAAUGCGUAGAAAUCAACGAGAAGAAGAUUUGCGUGAGAAUCACCCAUUUUUUGAUACUCCUUUGCUUAUAGUGCCACGCGAAAGUAAAUUUAGAAAGAUAUGUCAAAAAAUUGUUCAUGGACGUUACGAUGCACGUUUAAAAGAUCCUCUGACUGGAAAGGAAAGAAAAGUUCAAUAUAAAAGUUUACAUAAUUUCUUAGGACUGGUCACAUAUUUAGACUGGGUUAUGAUAUUGGUUACAACCAUUUCAUGCAUUUCAAUGAUGUUUGAAACACCACAAUUUCGAGUGAUGGAGCAACCUGUUCUUCAAGUUGCUGAAUAUGCAUUUGUCGUCUUUAUGAGCCUCGAACUAUCACUGAAGAUCUUGGCCGAUGGACUCUUCUUCACUCCAAAAGCAUAUAUCAAAGAUGUGGCUUCAGCGCUUGAUGUUUUCAUUUAUAUUGUUUCAACCACAUUUCUUUGUUGGAUGCCACUCAAAGUUCCCAGUAACUCUCCCGCUCAAUUACUAAUGAUAUUAAGAUGUGUACGGCCAUUGCGAAUUUUCACCUUGGUUCCACACAUGCGUAAGGUGGUUUACGAAUUAUGCCGUGGCUUCAAGGAAAUUCUACUUGUAUCAACAUUACUUAUUUUACUGAUGUUCAUUUUUGCAAGCUAUGGUGUUCAAUUAUACGGUGGAAGAUCAGCUUGUAAGGCUAAGCAAUUAUCAUAG